AUGAUCGCUGUCAUAGUCUCCUCGACGCGCCUGGCCUACGCCCGUUCAUGGCACCACCUCGACAUCGGCUCCGACCCACGCGCCCUUGGCCGCGUCGCCUCCGCCAUAGCCUUGACCCUCAUGGGAAAGCACAAGCCCAUCUUCGACCCCUCUACCGACUGUGGUGACUACGUCGUAGCUACGAACUGCUCCCAACUACACACCACCGGCAAGAAGCGCUUCCAAAAACUCUACCGCACACACACGACCCGACCCGGCUCUCUUAAAGAACUCUCCAUGGACAGAAUGAUGGCCAAGUGGGGAGGCGGAGAAGUGUUGAGGAAGGCCGUCAGCGGCAUGUUGCCGAAGAACAGGUUACGGAAGGACAGGCUGGCGAGGUUGAAGACGUUUGAGGGGAGAGCGCAUCCUUACAAGGAGAACUUCUUGCAAGUGGGGAAUGGUGGUGGACAGAGUAUAAUGGAGCAUGAAGAUGUCAAGAAGACAUUUGUGGAGGCGAAAACACAGAGUGCGGAGGCGCCAGUAUCAUGA